AUGGAUGAUCAUGAGCGGCAUUCCUUCAUCAGAAUGGGCCAAAUUUUGAAUAGACUUUCCUCAAGAAUCUGCAAGCUUCUGGAGGCUUGUGAUAAAUCGAGCAUUUUCUUCAUAUUUCUGAGUCUACUCUCUGUCACAAAUGGUGACAUAACAAUCACAACCGUCAUGGAAGGGGAAGCAGCGACACUCAAUUUUACUUACCCUUGCGACAGCGCACGCAAAACUUUACGCCAUGGAUACAAGAUGCCAUUUUACGAUUCUAUACGUCAAGAGGUAAAAACUUUGCUUGAUCAUCAAGAUAUAAUUGACGUUGGAAGUAAUGCCCUGAAUAACUCCUGUCUCCUGCAACUUAAGAUCGACCCGGUUUUGAGGAGUGAUGUCGGAGGAUACAUUCUAACUUUUUAUGGCGGUGGCGGAAAUAUCCUUGGAGAUUCAAGAAUUGGUUUAAGAGUCGACUUUCCACCGGGGAAAGUGUCUUGCCAGUGGGAAGAGAAGAAUGUCACUGGUGACUGGGGCUUAAUGCAGUGCAGGUGUCAAGCAGGAAACGUUCCCGGGCAAAUCGCUUGCUAUCAAAAUGGGAUUCGUCUUCCUCGGGCUACUUCGCCAUCGGUGGGUGGAGAUAUUCUUCAGCAGACUAUCUCGGUCAGGCAUUCGGAAACUGCCUUCUGUUGUGCUUCUCUCCUGGAUCAACUUAUCGACAUGUGUGCGUGCAGCGACUAUGUGUGGGAUCCGAAUAAAAAUGGUGACACCAAGAAUCCUUGCGCCACUCCUCAGGAAGACUCCACAACCAGCCUGUCCACAAAUCCAAACAGCCUUUUGGAAGACCUUUCCAUUUCUAUCGCUACAUCAUCUCCAGGAAGAGAAACUUUCGCCGAAAAUCAUGGCGACAUGGUCAAAAGCAAUGUAUAUAUUACAUUUCACUGGGGAGUAUUACUAGCAUUUGUAUCCUUGGUGUUGCUGAUCGUUGUUCAGUGCUUUGUUCUUGCAGUAGCUUUUCAAAAGAUUCGUCAACUUAUUGAGCAAGGAAAGUUGAGAGAUAAACAAAAUGGUAAUUACAAAAGCGUUCCAUCGGUGGAUGUGACACUUUAA